UUCGUCAAAAAUAAACAUUAAUGUUUAAAACUCAAUAUUCAAAAUGAGGUUUUCAUGGCACAAAUCGGUUUCCCGGAUCGCACCACGGAGCACUUUUUUACGCGGCACUUGAACGCAGCACACACAUCCAGCCUCGGGGAGUUUCCGGCAGCGUCACGUGACAUCCGCCCCGCCUCCCUAUUGGUCCUCGGCACGUGUCACAGUCAUUGCUCUCAGCCAAUCAGAGACGAGACUGAAAGUAUUUCAGCCUCUUUUUUUUUACAACGGAGAAACAUUUCAACAUUUUGUCUCCGCAACAACAACACAAAAAUACUCAAAUUGUGCAGAAUGAGGAGAAAAGUGAAAUGAUUUUAAUUGGCGAGAAAAAGAGGACAUUUGACACAAUUCGGGCAGAAAUUGGAGGCGGCUUUGUUUUUUAGCGGCGGUAAAUUGGGGCGCGGGUUCCCGGGGCUCUGCGCGCCAUGGACGGCGGAGGUCGGGAGUCGAACGGCGGCGUCGUGCACCGGAACACCAACUUCUACAUCGACGACAUUUUGAGGGCGGAUUUCGGGCGGAAGAGGAAAGGCGCGGGCCCGCCGCGCGAGGCCAGCGUCACCGGAAGGAGAGCUGAGCCCAAAGCCGCCAGUUCCGGAUUCACCGACGGCCUCCGGCGGCCCGACGACGCCCGGAAAAGUGAGCUGCGAGGCGGCCAGGCGGCGGAGAAGGACCGGGGGGAGGAGCGGGGCGACGGCGCACCUGACGCCGCCAAACAGAUGCUGUGGCCGGCCUGGGUUUACUGCACGCGCUACUCGGACCGACCGUCCUCAGGUCCCAGGUCCCGCAAGGCCAAAGCGGCCCGGAGUCCGACCAAGGACGACAAGCGGCCCAGGACGGCCUUCACGGCGGAGCAGCUCCUGCGCCUGCGCGCGGAGUUCCAGAACAAUCGCUACCUGACCGAGCAGCGCCGCCAGAACCUGGCCAAGGACCUGGGCCUCAACGAGUCCCAGAUCAAGAUCUGGUUCCAGAACAAGCGGGCCAAGAUGAAGAAGAGCAGCGCGGAGCAGAACUCUCUGGCGGCGCGGCUGAUGGCGCAGGGACUUUACAACCACGCCGCCAAGGACAACAAGUCCGACAGCGACUAACAACGUCACCACUGUUGUUGUGCGCGCGCAACUCAUCCUCAGGGCUGUUGUGUCGGCGGUGGUGCGUUCACGCACCGAGGGAGCGUAGGAAAGAAGCAAGCUGACAACAUUGUUUUGAUUGUGACGUCAUGAAAACUGCUAAAGUCCAAAGAGUUUUUUCUACAUUUGUAUGUCCUUGUUGGUCUCUUUAGCGCUUCUAGUCUGGCGUUGCUAACACUUUUACUUCAGGUCUUCAUCUGCCCACUGAGCCCACGACCGUGCCUUGGUCUACGCCUGGCCCCGCCCCCUUUUCUUGUCAAAUACCAAUAAAUGCAUAUUGUUCCAGGCUACGCUAACUUGCUUGGUCGGCUAACAGCAGUCUUAUGUCCACUGCAGUGGACGUGUGUGUUUUAAAUAUAAAUUACUUUGUGUCCACUGCAGUGGACGUGUGUGUCUUAAAUAUAAAUUACUUUGUGUCCACUGGAGUGGACGUGUGUGUUUUAAAUACAAACUACUUUGUGUCUACUGCAGUGGACGUGUGUGUUUUAAAUAUAAAUUACUUUGUGUCCACUGCAGUGGACGUGUGUGU